AUGAAUGUGGCCACGUUUGGUUCAACCUGUUCGCCAGCAUCGGCUCAACAUAUUAAAAACAAAAACGCUGAGGAGUUCGCUGAUCGUUACCCACGUGCAGUGGAAGCGAUUUUGAAAAACCACUACGUGGAUGAUUUCCUCGAUAGCUUCGAAAGUGAAGAAGAGGCAGUGCGCGUGUCCACUGAAACCCGAUACAUCCACCAGAGGGGAGGCUUUGUGCUGCGAAACUGGUUGUCGAAUAGCGCUGCAGUAUUGAACGGAAUGAACGUGGAAAAGCCCUUGGAUGCCAAAGGUUUCUGUCUCAACCCAAUCGAAGAAAGCGACCGAGUGUUGGGCAUGAAGUGGCUGACAGUACGUGACGAACUACAAUUCUCAAUCAAAUUGAAAGCUGAAAUCCAACAACUGAUUGGUAACAAAGAACGACCCACUAAACGACAGAUCUUGAAGUGUCUGAUGGCCAUCUUUGAUCCGCUGGGUCUUUUAAGCAUGUUUCUCGUCCACGGGAAAGUAAUCCUUCAGGAAGUGUGGCGUGCCGGUUUGCAGUGGGAUGAGAAAGUGACGGAUAAGAUCUAUGAAUCCUGGACCAGAUGGACUGGUUUGUUUGGGAAAAUUAGUGCUCUGCUAAUACCACGAUGCUACUUUCACGGUGCAACGAAGGAAACGUAUAGUUCACUGCAACUUCAUGUCUUCGUAGAUGCUAGUGAAACUGCCUUCUCUGCCGUGGUUUACUUUAGAGUGAUGAGACUGAACGGGCCAGCAGAAAUUUCGUUAGUCGCCGCCAAAACUAAAGUCGCUCCUUUAAAGCCGCUUUCAAUUCGACGCUUGGAACUACGCGCAGCGGUUUUGGGCAGCCGCCUCAUGACGUUUAUGAUAGAAAACCACUCCGUAGAAGUAAAACAACGAUAUCUCUGGAGCGAUUCCAUGACAGUGCUUGCCUGGUUGCGAGCUGACCAUCGUCGGUAUAAACAAUACGUUGCGCAUAGAAUCGGUGAGCUGCUUUCCACAACUGAUGUAGCAGAGUGGAAAUGGGUUCCUAGCAAAUUAAAUCCUGCCGACGCAGCCACAAAGUGGGGGAAAAAUAAGUGCUCUGAUUUCACCGACGUUUGGUUCAACGGGCCGGAAUUUCUUCGCAACCCUGAGGAGAGUUGGCCGCAACAGACAAAGCUUCUAUCCUCUCCAGAAGAGGAGCUGAAACACUGCUACGUGAUUCAAGAACCCCCGUUACCAGAAGUCAUAGUGAAAUUUAACCGUUUCUCAAAGUGGAACCGAUUAUGGAGAGCAAUUGCGUACGUGCAUCGCUUCGCGGAAAAUAUCAGACGCAAACGUCUAAAGCAAAAAUUGGAUUUAGCACACCUUACGCAACAUGAACUACAAAAGGCGAAAAACACUAUUAUGCGGAUGGUGCAGUGGCAGGUGUUCCCCGAAGAAAUGGUUACGUUGGAAAGGUAUCGAUCGCAUCCAGAUAAGUCCAGUAGUUUGUAUCAGUUGUCACCAACGUUGGAUGAGUUCGGAGUUAUGCGUGUAGAUGGAAGGAUUGGAGCUGCACCUCAUGCAUCGUUUGACGCUAAAUAUCCGGUGAUUCUUCCACGAAAGCAUCUUGUGACUAAGUUGAUACUGGAAAAUUUGCAUCAAACGUUUUGCCACGGAAACUCAGAAACAGUGGUGAACGAGGCUCGACAAUUAUAUCACAUCCCUAGGCUGCGGGCGGUCGUAAGGCAAGUAGCUGCAGCAUGUCAGUGGUGUAUCGUGAAGAAAGCAACUCCGAAAGUACCUCGGAUGGCACCGCUUCCUGUGGUACGAUUGUCGUCAUUCACUCGACCGUUUACGUACACCGGUAUAGAUCUGUUUGGUCCAUUGCUAGUGAAAGUUGGAAGAAGUGUUACAAAGCGUUGGAUCUGCUUGUUCACUUGCCUGACUAUCCGUGCCGUUCAUGUCGAGGUUGUCCUCACUCUUACUACCUCAUCUUGUGUGAAAUCAAUACGACGAUUCGUCUGUCGACGCGGUUCACCUGCCGAGAUUUAUUCGGACAACGGCACUAACUUUCAAGGUGCCGAGCGAUUACUACGAAAACAACUCACAAAUAUACAAAACGAGCUGGCGGAAACAUUCACUAACUCACAUACAAAAUGGGUUUUCAUACCACCCGCGGCACCCCAUAUGGGCGGUGCAUGGGAAAGGAUGGUGCGAUCGAUUAAGUCAGCGAUGCAGAUAGCAUAUAACAAUAAUCAAAAGCUGGAUGACGAGGGAUUGCAAACAAUGGUUAUAGAAGCUGAAGGAAUCGUCAACAGCCGACCUCUCACAUAUCUUCCACUGGACUCUGAAGAAGGAGAGGCUCUAACACCAAACCAUAUUUUGCUGGGAAGUUCAAACGGUGUACGACAGCCCAUUUUUGCUAACGCCAACCCCAAGUUUGCUACAAAAAAUGCUUGGAAUCAAAUUCAACUUCAACUCGAUGCCUUCUGGAAUCGUUGGAUCCGAGAGUAUCUUCCUAUGCUAACCAAAAGGUCAAAAUGGUUCGGCGAAGUGAAACCAAUAACUGUAGGAGAUCUAGUAUUUGUCGUGGAUGACCAGCGUAGGAACGGCUGGGCUCGGGGACGGGUUCAAGAAGUCGUAAAAGGGAGAGAUGGAAGAGUUCGACAAGCUGUAGUUCAAACUGCGAGGGGGAUGUUGCGUAGGCCAGUGACUAAGUUGGCUGUGUUGGAGGUUGAGCAAAAUGGUAAAACUGGAUCCGGUGGCCAGUGUUACGGGGGGGAGGAUGUUGCGGCUGGGUACCCUAUGUCUAAUCAACAAUAG